CUUCCAUCUUCUUACGGAGUUGUAUAAUAUCUGGCUUCAACAAAAACCUUUGCAGAUUCAUCCUCAACCGACUCAAUUUUUGCUUUCCUUUCCCAAUUUCACAACAUUCCCAGAAUUUAAUUCCAAUCGAUUGUAUAAAAACCCUAGAUCCCCUAACCCUCCUCCACCUUCAAUCAACCUCCGAAUUAGGGUUUCCGCUCUCCAAUCCCAGAGGCACGCACAGAGCUUGAACGAUAGCCAUGGACGACAGCUGUGCGGUGUGUGCCGAUACUCUGGAAUGGGUUGCCUACGGUGCCUGUGGACAUCGCGAAGUCUGCUCCACCUGCGUCGUUCGUCUCCGCUUCAUCUGCAACGAUCGCCGAUGCUGCAUCUGCAAGACCGAGUCCGACGUCAUUUUUAUCACCAAGGCUUUAGGAGAUUAUACAAGGAUGAUUAAUGACUUCUCAGUCUUGCCGACUGAAGUAAGGGAGGGUCGCAUUGGACCAUAUUGGUACCACGAGGACACUCAAGCAUUUUUCGAUGAUGUGGACCACUACAAGAUGAUCAAGGCAAUGUGCAAGCUUUCAUGUAGCGAAUGUGACAAGAUGGAUGAGCAAUCAAAUGAUGGCCCAAAGCGUCGUGGGAAGAUUCGGAACCUUGAUCAUCUGAAGAAUCAUUUAUUCCACCAACAUAGGUUGUGGAUGUGCUCCUUAUGUUUGGAAGGGAGGAAGGUGUUUAUAUGUGAACAAAAACUAUAUACUAGAACUCAAUUGAGGCGGCAUAUAAAUACAGGUGACUCUGAAGUGGAUGGAAGUGAGAGUGAAAGAGGUGGCUUCAUGGGACAUCCUAUGUGUGAGUUUUGCAGAACCCCAUUUUAUGGCGAUAAUGAGCUGUACUCCCACAUGACUACUGAUCACUAUACUUGUCAUAUAUGCCAAAGGCAGAAUCCUGGACAAUAUGAAUAUUAUAAGAAUUAUGAUGACCUGGAGAUGCACUUCCGCCAAGGUCAUUUUCUAUGUGAAGAUGAGUCCUGCCUCAGCAAAAAGUUUGUUGUCUUCCAAUCUGAGGCAGAAAUGAAGAGGCAUAAUACACUUGAACAUGGAGGGAGCAUGUCUCGUUCCAAGCGUAAUGCUGCUCUGCAGAUACCAACCAGCUUCAGAUAUCAACGAAGUAGUGAACAAGAUCAUCGACGUGGAAGAGGCGGAAGAGGUGGAAGAGGUCUGGCAUUUCAUCGCGAUUCUUCUGAAAAUCAACUUUCUAUUGCUGUUCAAGCAAGUUUGGAGACUGCUCAUGCUGAUAGAACAUACGAUGAUCCUUCAUCCUCCAGACUGCAAGUUCCUCCAGAUAUUGGGGAUACAGGCGAUAUUGAUCCGAUCGCUGAUUCAUUUGAAUCAUUAAGUGCAACAGAUAUUGAAACAUCUUCAAGGUACCGUCAGGCCGUGGGGCCUAUUUCUAGGAAUGGGCGUUUGGAAGAAUCUUCCUUUCCUCCCCUCUCAAUGGCAGCUGGCAACAGUUCAGACCCCAAACAAGACUCAGAUAGUCUGCCUAGCAACACAAUGGCUGCGCAUCUCCGCCGGCAAAACAACCACAAGGUGGCUGUUAAUAGCUCUGGAAUGGCUUGGCCAGCAGCAACACGUGGGCCUGUGGCCGUUAAUGGUUCUGGACAGGCUUGGCCAGCAGCAACACGUGGGCCUGUGGCUGUUAAUAGUUCUGGACAGGCUUGGCCAGCAGCAACUCGGGGGCCUGUAGUACAACCUACUAAUUCAGCUCAGGCUUCACCCGCGACAAGUGUUUCAUCUCGUGUUUCUGGUCAGAGCAAUAUGGCCUCUGGUAAUGGACCCAGACCAUCUAGUUAUGCCAGUUCCACUCAGGCUCAAGUUGAGACUAGACAGAAUGCCUUUGCUAAUGGAUCGAGACCAUCUAGUUAUGCAAGUUCUGCAGCUUAUGUUGAACAGACAACAAUACCUGGAUUGUUAUCAUCAGGUUCUUCAAGGGAUUCAAGCAACACCAAAUCUGGUAGGAUCGGCCACUCUACGUCAGCUCCUAAUUUGGUCGAAAAUGGAUCUGUUCAACCCUCCAAUUCUGAUUUUCCGCCUGUUUCUGCAGUACAAGUGCGUAAGUUGCCUUCAACUACCCAUCCUAUAUUGAAAGUGGAGGAUGUUCAAACUGCUAACAAGUCCUUAGUGGAAAAGAUUCGUGCCGGUCUUGAAUUUGACGAAGAAAAAUACACUAUUUUUAAAGACAUAUCUGGACAGUAUCGCCAGGGUUUGGUUGACACAGGAAUAUAUUUAGAUUUUGUGCGGCAGUUUGGCUUGCUUCAUCUUGUCCUUGAUUUGGCUAGACUCUGCCCUGAUUCUCAGAAGCAGAAGGAGCUUAUCGAUGCCUACAAUACUGGUACCCGCAACGGAUGGUCUCAGGACAGUCCUAAAUUGAAAGAUGGUAAUAAUUCUAAGAAAGGUAAAGGGAAGAUUUCGGAGUCUGAAAACAGUAAUUCUAAGAACACGCUAGCAGAUAGCAUUAUUAGCUCUGUACGGGAACUUCAAUCAAACAACAGGCCUACGGAAGAAGUGGUGGAGGUGUUGACAAAGGAUGGGUACCGUGCUGCCAAAGGAAAAUCAAAUCUGUUAGUGAAUGGGCACCAGGAGGAGUUGAAUUCUCGCAGUCAACCUCUAGUGCAACCAAGGGGCCAAAAGGAUUCCACGCCAGCUGCUAGGCCAAAUUUAGUGGAUGGUGGUGGAGGGAGCAAGCAGCGGAAGAAAACCUCCAAAUUUGAUAGAGUCCGCUUGGGUGAUGCUGCAGCACUUUUAGAUAGCAGAAAUUCUGAUUCUCAAGCAGAUGCCGGUGAUGAAGGAUUAGAUGGGAGGAGCAGUAACUCGGCUGGAGGAUUGCCUGUCAAAGGUGUUUGGCGAAAAGGAACUCAAAAACUCUUUAGUUAGAAGAAAUACAAUGAUGAUUUACAUCAUCAUUUUUUUGUCGGUAAAGUUGUGGUUACAAAUUGAACUCGUAUUUUGGAAAAGAGUUCGCGUUCACCCCACUUUUUGCGACCAUUUAGUUCUCAACUCUGCAUCCAGGUUGGUUUCUCUGUUUUAAGCAACUGGGCAGUGGGGUGCUGUGUGGCGUGGCAGUUUCGACUUUUACUGGAAGGAUCCUGCCUCGCUGUUUUUAUCGUUAUGGUACAAGUGUUCAUGUAUACUCUUUCGGAAUGAGAAUAUAGUGCAAAGGUGUGAGACUUUACAGGUUUGUUGUUGACAUUUCUGUCUUUCAGAUUUCCAUGGUUAUGUUUUUUGUUGUAUGCUUGUGUUAUUAAGGUAACAAAACGUUAACAGACUGAAGGUGGAAUCGUCGGAACUUGGAGAAUUAUUACUUUAAUUAUAUUCUGCUUCGUUA